AUGGACAGUGGAGAAGCCUCCGCUGGAGGAGCAGCUCCAAUUGAGGUUGCAAUAGCGUCAAAGGAUUCGGUGACGGAUUAUGUCAAGACGGCCGGUUUGGCGUUGCUUGGUACUAUGGACCAAGCGGCCCAGUUGCAAAUGAUCUUGGACGAGUCAGACGCCGUAGCAAAAUUCAUCAGCGAUCCACAGACGCAGGUACUCGUUGUCGACCGAACCGUGCAUCGAGACCAAUCUGGAGAUGCAGAUACAGGCGAUGAGAGUGAGUCGGUAGUCGCGGUGUUCACAGUUCGUAAUGAUGUCCUUUAUCGAACGGACAAAAGUACGUCGAUAGUGUACAUGAAGAGAGGUGGUGUGCUGGAAGCCGAUAAACCGAUCGCAGAUCAACUACGAGUGAUAGUGCUGAAUGAGGGCAAUCCCUAUGAAACACUAUUUUCACUAAUCGGCAAAGCAGUGACUCCUUAUUUCAAGUCGUUUAUCAAGGAGAGCGGUCGAGGUGAACGCGAUGGCGAUAAGUUAGCGCCAACUGUUGAGAAAAAUCUCAAUGAGGCUGAGGUUGCCCUGUUACAUCUCCAGCAGAACAUUGACAUUCCGGAAAUCAAUCUUGUAAUCAAUCCACACAUUCAAGCUGCGAUUCAGAAAGCUAACAAAGAGGGCAGAAAAGCAAAGGUGACCGAUUUGGGUGAUCUUGUUGAGGAUGCACAAUUUUUGAACAGUCUUCAGUCUGGAGUGAACAGAUGGAUCAAGGAAAUACGAAAGGUAACAAAACUGGAACGUGAUCCAGGUUCAGGCUCAUCACUGCAAGAGAUGACAUUCUGGCUCAAUUUGGAGCGUGCAUUACAGAAAAUACUUCAGAAAAGGGAAUCUGAAGAGGUAACACUAACCCUCGAGGCUCUCAAAUGUGGAAAAAGGUUCCAUGCAACGGUGUCGUUUGAUACAGAUACAGGUCUCAAGCAAACGCUAGCCCUUGUAACCGACUACAACUCCUUGAUGAAGGACUUCCCGUUGAAUGAAUUAGUAUCGGCCUCUGAUUUGGAGUCGAUCAAAAUUGCGCUUGGUAACGUAUUCGGACACAUGAAAAAGAUUAGAGCUACUAAAUAUCCGGUUCAACGUGCUUUACGGUUCAUUGAAGCCAUUUCACGCGAUAUGAAUGGGCAAAUAUUAAAGGUACUCGGUACUCGUCGCCUUAUGCAUAUCUCCAUAGUUGAAUUUGAUCAACUUAUGAUGCAAUGUAUACAGUUAUUCACAAAAUGGGAUGAUGAAUACGAUAAAUUUAUCACCCUUCUACGUGAUAUAUCGAAGAAAAAACGAGAUGAACCCGUAAAGCUGAUGUGGAAGGUCAUGCCCUUGCAUAAGAAGCUCGAAGGACGUCUUGUCCAAAUAAAGGCUUUCAGGAAACAGCAUGAGCAACUUCGAGUGGUUAUUGCUCGUGUACUACGCCCUGCUGGAACGCCAUCUACCGAGUCUCAGCCAGAUACUCAAUCACACUCGGGCGAAGUGACUCCAGUGGACCAGGUCAACCUUGCAUACGAGUUUGUUAAAGAGGUAGACUGUUUGGACGUGAGUAUCGAGGGCACCACUGCAUGGGAUGCUGCACAGCGCAGGUACGAGGAGCAAAUUGCUCGUGUCGAAACUGCAAUUACAUCAAGGCUUAGAGAUCAGCUUGGUUCAGCUCGCAAUGCUAACGAGAUGUUUAGCAUUUUCAGCCGUUUCAAUGCCCUGUUCUGUCGUCCACAAAUUCUUGGAGCAGUUCGCGAAUAUCAAACUCAGUUAAUUCAGAGAGUGAAAGAAGACAUUGAAAGGCUACAGGCCAAAUUCACGAAACACUACGCGGAAAAGCGAGGCGAAAUUCUGACUCCUACAUUUGAUAUCCCACCAGUUUCCGCCAAUAUCAUUUGGAUCCGCCAAAUAGAACGUCAACUGUCCCUGUAUAUGCAGAGAGUCGCCUCAGUACUGGGUACAGGCUGGGAAAAUCACGUCGAAGCACGCCAAUUGAAAUCAGAAGCAGAUAACUUCCGCAAAGUGCUCGAUACUCAGCCUUUGUUCGAGAACUGGGUGGAACAGGUGCUCGCGAAAGGAACGAAUAUGCCCGGUCGAGUCUUCGUCAUUGAUCGACGAUCCAAGGAUGGAAAACCAUACCUACACCUCAAAGUCAACUUCAGCCCCGAAAGUAUAGUUCUACACAAAGAGGUACGAAAUCUGAAAAAUAUGGGUUUCCGCAUUCCGCUGAAAGUAGUGAAUGCUGCUCAUCAAGCUAAUCAGAUCUAUCCAUUCGCCAUCAGUCUUCUUGAGUCCACUCAGACUUAUGAAUCGAUUAAUGAGCGGCUGGCACAAAAGACCGGUAUUGAUACGUUGAUUGCAAGCUACAAAAAGGAUAUACAGUCACAGAUAGCCGAUGGGUAUCAGUUGAAUUGGGAGUCGUAUAAAAUUGAUCCCUACGUCACGAAACUGGCUGAAACGGUCAACAACUACCAGGAGCGCGUCGAAGACCUCAUCCUUAUUGCGGACAAUAUCGAAGUUGACUUAGCGGCAUUGGAUACCUGCCAAUACAACGCUGUUACCAUUGGUGCCCAACUGGCUUCUAUACAAAAGUCUGUUGAUCAGCUAGCACUCGGCAACUAUUCGAAUCUGACACAAUGGGUUGAUAAAUUGGACAAGAAGAUUGAAGCAAAACUGGCUGCUCGUGUUGAAGAGGCAAUACGACUAUGGACAUUGGUCUAUUCAGCCAGUGAGGAAGUAGAUGAAUACAAGGAGAGCAACGUUGCCCUUCCACCUGUUCAUCCUGUCCUCAUCGAGAUUCGACUUACUGCUCAAACCAUCUACAUUAGUCCAUCGAUAGAACAAGCAAGAGCCAAAUUGCUUGAGCAAUUGGUAGAAUGGCAUGCAGUCGUCACUAGUCAGCCACGAAUCAGCAGUACGCGGUUCCAGCUGGCAAUGAAUCGUGACCUGAACGUAGCCACGUACAAGAACAUUCUCAGUCGCCUACCCAAUGGGUUAGGUGUACUCGAAAAGGCCUACACUACGGUGGACCGUAUUCUGAGGGAGGUAGACGAGUACGUGAAUGAAUGGCUUCGUUACCAAGCCCUUUGGGAUCUCCAAGCGGAGAUGCUCUACGAGAGACUCGGUACUGAUCUGUCGAAGUGGAUGAAGACCCUUGUAGAGAUCAGGAAAAGUCGCAGCACAUUUGACACUCAGGAUACGAAGAAGGAAAUAUUCCCAGUGAUAGUUGAUUAUGCCAAAGUACAGCUGAAAGUCACUCUGAAGUACGAUUACUGGCACAAGGAAGUUCUUCAAAAGUUUGGUACUGCUGUCGGCAACGAAAUGCAACAGUUCUUUGGAAAUAUCUCGAAGUGGCGUGAAGAGCUGGAAUCGCAGGGUGUUGAUUCUGGCACGACAACUGAUGCUGUAGCUCUCAUUACCUACGUUCAAACACUGAAGAAGCAAACGAAAGUCGGACAAGAGACGGUUGACCAAUUCCGAGCAGCCCAACGAUUAUUGUCACAACAACGUUACCAAUUCCCUGCUCAAUGGUUGUAUGCGGAGAAUGUCGAAGGUGAAUGGUCGGCGUUGACAGAGAUUUUGCUUCGUAAAGAUUCGUCAAUACAGUCGCAGGUUAACAACCUACAAACGAAAAUCCGUGAAGAAAAUGAGAUGGUUGAAAAGCGUACACAAGAGACCCUGUCCGAAUGGGAACGUGCGAAACCAGUCGAAGGAGCUCAGAGGCCAAAUGAGGCUCUUGCUGCGCUCAACACAUUCGAACAGAAAAUCGCCAAGUUGUCAGAGGAUCGUGAAAAAAUGCGCAGAGCUCGUCAUGCGCUCGAUAUGGCUGAUCCUGCUGGAGUUCCUGUGGAUGCCGAUAAACUAGCGGUCGCUGCAGAAGAAUUAGCUGACUUGAAGGGUGUCUGGCAAGCCUUAACACCAAUCUACACUUCAAUUGAUGAAAUGAAGGAGAAAACAUGGUUGUCAGUUCAACCACGCAAAUUGCGCCAGUCCCUCGAUGAACUCAUGAGUCAGCUGAAGCAUCUACCGGUGAAAUACAAGAGUUACAAGAGUUAUGAGUACGCCAAGCAAAUGAUGCAUAACUACUCGAAAAUGAAUAUGCUGGUCAUGGAACUGAAAUCCGAGGCAUUGAAAGAACGUCAUUGGCGUCAGAUGAUGAAGGAACUGCGAGUUACGUGGAAUCUGUCUGAUCUAACUCUUGGACAGGUCUGGGAUGCUGAUUUGCAACGUCAUGAGCAUGCAAUUAAGCAGAUCUUGCUAGUGGCUCAAGGUGAACUCGCUUUGGAGGAGUUCUUGAAGCAGAUGAAAGAUUUCUGGCAAUCCUACGACGUCGAGCUGGUUAACUACCAGAAUAAGACAAGGCUCAUCAAAGGUUGGGAUGAGUUGUUCAACAAGCUAAAGGAACACCAGAAUUCAUUGGCUGCGAUGAAACUGUCACCAUACUACAAGCAGUUCGAAGAGAAUGCACUGUCCUGGGAAGAGAAGUUGAAUCGUAUCAGCGCUAUGUUCGAUGUCUGGAUUGAUGUGCAACGUCGAUGGGUGUAUUUGGAAGGUUUAUUCUCUGGAUCAGCCGAUAUUGCCACCUUGCUGCCCAUUGAAAGCGCUCGUUUCUCUAGCAUUUCUACGGAGUUCUUGGCUUUGAUGAAGAAAGUCACCCAAGCACCGCGUAUUCUUGAUGUAGUCGGUAUGCAAGGAGCCCAACGUCUUCUUGACAGACUCGCGGAUAUGCUUUCAAAAAUCCAAAAAGCUCUUGGCGAAUAUCUCGAAAGGGAGAGGGCAUCAUUCCCUCGAUUUUACUUUGUGGGAGACGAAGAUCUGCUCGAAAUCAUGGGUAAUAGCAAAGAUAUCACACGUCUACAGAAGCAUCUCAAGAAAAUGUUUGCUGGUGUGACAGCGAUUGAUGUCGGAGAAGAGGAUCGCAUAAUUACUGCACUUCACAGUCGUGAAGGUGAGCGGGUGGACCUUGUUCAACCUGUUCAUACGAAAGAAGUUCGUAUUAAUGACUGGUUGAAGGCAUUGGAAGCGGAAAUGAAACAUACCUUAGCAAGACUUCUGGGUCAGUCACUGAUACAUUUCGCAAAACUGGACAUUGACACGGUAACUCCUGAAGAGUACAUGGAAUGGCUGGAUAAGUACCCGGCACAAGUUAUUGGACUGACUGCGGAGAUUUGGUGGAGUAAUCAAAUGGAGAUUGCACUAUCUGACGGCAAGGAUGUGGAAACAGUUGAACAGGCAGUAUCGGCGACGCUGGCACUGCUAGCUGAUUCCGUGCUGAAAGACCAGCCGGCAAUUAGAAGAAAGAAGAUCGAGGCCUUGAUCACGGAGUUUGUACACAAAAGGGAUACAUGCAGAAGACUCACCACUGACGCUGUUAAAAGUCAGACAGAUUUUGGCUGGCUGCAGUGCAUGCGUUUUUAUUUCGAUCCAAAACAGCCUGAUGCAGCACGUUGUUGCGUUGUAAAAAUAGCAAAUGCACAAUUUUACUAUGGUUUCGAGUACUUGGGUAUUCAAGAAAGGCUUGUGCGUACUCCACUUACGGAUCGUUGCUACCUGACGAUGACCCAAGCAUUGCACUCCAGACUUGGUGGAUCUCCAUUCGGACCAGCCGGUACAGGAAAAACUGAGUCUGUAAAGGCACUCGGUCAUCAGCUGGGUCGAUUCGUGUUAGUAUUCAACUGCGACGAAACGUUCGAUUUCCAGGCAAUGGGUCGAAUUCUGGUUGGUCUGUGUCAAGUCGGAGCCUGGGGUUGCUUCGAUGAGUUUAAUCGACUGGAAGAGCGUAUGCUGUCAGCCGUAUCUCAACAGAUCCAGACUAUCCAGGAGGCAGUACGUGCUGGUGGUGAAAUGACAGUUGACUUGGUUGGAAAACGAUUAAAUGUAAAUCCAAAUAUUGGUAUCUUCAUCACAAUGAAUCCUGGCUACUCUGGUAGAUCAAAUCUGCCUGAUAACUUGAAACAGCUGUUCCGAAGCUUAGCCAUGACUCAGCCUGAUCGUCAACUUAUCGCCCAAGUUAUGCUCUUCUCUCAAGGUUUCCGUACUGCUGAAGUCCUUGCGAAUAAGAUUGUUCCCUUGUUCAUUCUUUGCAAGGAGCAGCUUUCGUCCCAAUGUCACUACGAUUUCGGUCUUCGUGCUCUGAAGUACGUGCUAGUGUCCGCAGGAAAUGUAAAGCGUGACAAACUCGCUAAAAUGGGAUCGGCAGCGUUGGAAGAUGUGGCCGAGCAGCAGAUGUUGAUUCAAUCUGUCUGCGAAACAUUAGUGCCGAAACUUGUGAGCGAAGACAUUGCCCUACUUUUCUCACUGCUGUCUGACGUCUUCCCGUCGAUUCACUACACACCAAAUCAAAUGAUUGAAUUACGUCAACUUAUUGCUCAAGUAUGCGAUGAACUCAUGUUGUGUCACGCCGAUAUCACUGGCGAAUUGGGAGCGGCUUGGAUUGAAAAAGUGCUGCAACUGUAUCAAAUCACUAAUCUCAACCAUGGUCUCAUGCUCGUCGGCCCAAGUGGUAGUGGUAAAACCACUGCAUGGAAGGUGCUGCUCAAAGCAUUGGAGCGAUUCGAGAAGAUUGAAGGCGUGGCCCAUGUCAUCGAUGCAAAGGCAAUGAGUAAAGACGCUUUGUAUGGUGUACUUGAUCCCAAUACCCGCGAAUGGACAGAUGGAUUGUUCACUUCGGUUAUCAGGAGGAUAAUCGAUAAUGUCCGCGGUGAAAGUGAGAAACGACAAUGGAUCAUUUUCGACGGUGAUGUUGAUCCGGAGUGGGUUGAAAAUUUGAACUCAGUUCUCGACGACAACAAGUUGCUCACCCUACCAAAUGGAGAGCGUCUGGCAAUCCCACCAAAUGUCCGUAUUAUAUUUGAAGUUGCUGAUUUGAAAUAUGCUACGUUGGCUACAGUAUCUCGUUGUGGUAUGGUAUGGUUCAGUGAUGAGGUUGUAACGACGGAGAUGAUGUUCGAGCACUACUUGGCUCGCUUACGCAAUGUCUCCAUUGAAAGCGAUGCAGUGAUUGCCGAAGAUGCAGCGCCGACUCGAUCGGUUACGAUUCAGAGACAGUGUGCCGCUUCGCUUCAAUCUCAUUUCUCUCCAGAUGGCUUGGUUCCAUUGGCUCUCAACUAUGCACUUGCUAAUCUCGAUCAUAUUAUGGUUCCAACGCAGCAGCGGCUCUUGUCAUCAUUCUUUGCCAUGAUGAAUUACUCCGUUCGUUGUGUCAUUAACCACGAUGCUAGUCAAGGGGAUUUCCCAUUAUCACCGGACCAGGUCGAAACCUAUGUGACUCGAACAAUGCUCACAAAUAUGAUCUGGGCGUUCAGUGGUGAUGGCAAAUGGAAGUGUCGUCAACAAAUGAGUGAUUUCAUUCGAAAUUCAACUACCCUCACAUUACCCUCCAAUGAACAGGCUCCACUUAUUGACUUUGAAGUGCAACUGAGUGGUGAAUGGCAACCGUGGUUAAGUCGAGUCCCAGUCAUGGAGAUUGAAGCCCACCGUGUGGCCGCAGCCGAUCUAGUCGUGCCAACGAUUGACACCGUCCGUCACGAGAUGCUCCUCUCGGCUUGGUUGUCAGAGCACAAACCUCUAGUUUUGUGCGGACCGCCUGGUUCCGGAAAGACAAUGACAUUGUUGGCCGCCUUACGGUCGCAACAAGAUAUGGACGUGGUAAACGUCAACUUCUCUUCAUCGACUACGCCAGAACUGCUAAUGAAGACGUUCGAUCACUAUUGUGAAUAUCGCCGCACACCGAAUGGCAUUGUCCUGGCACCAGUCCAGCUGAGCAGAUGGUUGGUGAUCUUCUGUGAUGAGAUCAACUUGCCAGCUCCCGACAAAUACGGUACUCAACGUGUGAUCAGUUUCCUGCGGCAACUUGUGGAAAUGAAUGGCUUCUAUCGGUCAUCGGAUCACUCUUGGGUGUCCCUGGAGCGAAUCCAAUUCGUCGGCGCCUGUAACCCUCCAACAGAUCCUGGCCGUCAUCCAAUGACGCUGCGCUUCUUGCGUCAUGUUCCCGUGGUGUAUGUUGACUAUCCAGGGCAGACGUCACUUCUGCAGAUUUACGGAACCUUUAACAGAGCUAUGCUCAAAACAGUGCCAGCAGUCCGAGGCCUUGCCGAUCCACUCACUAAUGCCAUGGUCGACGUUUACUUGGCCAGUCAGGAACACUUCACUCAAGAUGACCAACCUCACUAUGUAUAUUCGCCUCGUGAACUUACCCGAUGGGUUCGUGGAAUAUCUGAAGCUAUUGCUCCGCUCGAUGGAAUCAGUCCUGAUCAGCUGGUUCGCCUUUGGGCUCACGAAGCACUGCGAUUGUUCCAAGAUCGACUCGUUACCGAAGUUGAACGCGAAUGGACUGAUGAGCUGGUUGAUUCGACAGCGGAAAAGUUUGUUUUGGUGUACUUUGGUGGCGCUUGCAAUAUCAAGGAAUCGUUGCGUCGUCCUCUCCUUUACUCGUGUUGGUUAUCGAAGCACUACGUUCCAGUUACAAGAGACGAACUCAAAGAUUAUGUCACCGCAAGGCUCAAAGGUUUCUACGAGGAAGAACUUGACGUGCAAUUGGUCCUGUUCGAUCAAAUGCUCGAUCAUGUACUGCGUAUCGAUCGUAUUUACCGCCAACCUCAAGGCCAUCUAUUGCUUAUUGGUACUGCUGGAGCUGGAAAGACAACUUUGUCAAGAUUUGUGGCUUGGCUUAAUGGGCUUAGCGUAUUCCAGCUCAAAGUUCACUCUAAAUACACUGCUGCCGAUUUCGACGAGGAUAUGCGAACAGUUUUGCGACGAGCUGGCUGCCGUAACGAGAAGAUGUGCUUCAUCAUGGAUGAAUCAAAUAUGCUGGAUACUGGUUUCCUGGAGAGAUUGAACACGCUGUUGGCCAACGGUGAAGUACCAGGCCUGUUUGAAGGUGACGAACACACUACCCUUAUGACACAGAUCAAAGAAGGAGCGCAGCGCCAAGGUUUGAUGUUGGAUAGCCCUGAUGAAUUGUACAAAUGGUUCACGCUGCAGGUCAUGAGAAAUCUCCACGUUGUGUUCACUAUGAAUCCAUCUGGUAGUGGUCUUCGUGAACGAGCGUCCACGUCACCUGCUCUGUUCAAUCGUUGUGUACUGAACUGGUUUGGUGACUGGGCCGAUACAGCUUUGUAUCAGGUUGGAAUGGAGCUAACCAACACUUUGGAUAUGGAUCGUACCGACUACGAGCCACCGUUUGCAUUGUCGACUGUGUGUGAUUUGGUGCCAACUCCGCCUACGUACCGUCAUGCUGUAAUCAACACAUUGGUGCACUGUCACAAAUCUGUGCAGAAGCUUAAUGAGCAGGAACAAAAGCGAGGACACAGAGUGAUGAUUGUGACACCACGUCACUUCCUUGAUCUCAUUAAACAUUUCAUGAGCUUAUUCCACGAGAAACGUCGUGACCUUGAAGAGGAAAAGGUGCAUCUCAACAUCGGUCUGAAUAAGAUCCGUGAGACGGAAGAGCAAGUGAAGGAACUGCAGAAGAGUCUGACAUUGAAGAGUCGUGAACUGGAGGAGAAGAAAACGGCUGCUAACUUGAAGCUGAAAGAGAUGUUGGCUGAUCAGCAAAAGGCAGAAGAUGAGAAACGUCUGUCCGAGCAACUUCAAAAGGAAUUGUCUGCACAGCUCACGCAGAUAGCAGCGAAGAAAACGGAAGUUCAGAAGGAUCUAAGUCAGGUCGAGCCGGCUGUCGAAGAAGCCCAACAGGCUGUCAAAGGAAUCAGAAAGAACCAGCUUGUAGAGGUCAGGUCUAUGGCAAGUCCACCGGUGAUGGUAAAGCUUGCGCUCGAGGCAAUUUGUAUUCUGCUUGGAGAAAAUGUUGGUACGGAUUGGAAGGCAAUCCGUGGUGUUAUGGUCAAAGACGACUUCAUGCCGCGAAUCCUUGCUUUCGAUACUGACAGUAUCACAACAGACAUUCUGAAGCAAAUGGAUAAAUAUGUGAAUAAUCCGGAUUGGGACUUCGACAAGGUCAACCGUGCUUCACAAGCUUGCGGUCCUAUGGUGAAAUGGGCAAAGGCUCAGCUGCUGUACUCAGGAAUGUUGCACAAGGUAGAGCCUCUUCGUAACGAGCUCAAACGGCUCGAAUCUGACGCCAAGAAGAAGACCCAGGAAGGCAAUGAGGUGAAAGCACGCAUAGCUCAACUAGAGCAAUCGAUCGCUGCAUACAAGGAGGAAUACGCGCAAUUGAUUGGACAAGCCGAAAGUAUCAAGAUGGAUUUGGCUACUGUUCAAGAAAAGGUUGGACGAUCAACGGAGUUGUUGUCGUCGCUGAGAUCUGAACGUGACCGUUGGUCUGGUGGUUGUGAUGGAUUCGCUCAACAAAUGGAUACGCUUGUUGGAGAUGCGUUGCUUACUGGAGCUUUCCUUGCUUAUGCGGGUUACUUUGAUCAACAGCUUCGAGACGUCUUGUUCCAUCGCUGGAUUGAUCACGUGCAUGGGGCUGGCGUGAAGUUCCGUUCUGAUCUUGCUCGAAUCGAGUACCUCAGUACUGUUGACGAUCGCCUGCAGUGGCAGAAGAAUGCAUUACCGGUGGAUGAUUUGUGCACGGAGAACGCGAUUAUGUUGCAUCGCUUCAAUCGCUAUCCACUUAUCAUCGAUCCAUCUGGCCAAGCUUCUGAAUACAUAAUGAAGCAGUUCGCUGGAAGAAAUAUCCAGAAAACAAGUUUCUUGGAUGAUUCAUUCAGAAAGAAUCUCGAAUCCGCUCUUCGAUUUGGUAAUUCGUUGUUGGUGCAAGAUGUCGAAAGUUACGAUCCUAUUCUCAAUCCUGUUCUGAAUAAGGAGGUAAAACGUACUGGAGGACGUGUUCUGAUAACGAUCGGAGAUCAGGACAUUGACUUGUCGCCAGCAUUCCAGAUAUUCCUCAUCACUAGAGAUGCUUCGGUGGAGUUCACUCCUGAUGUAUGCUCUCGAGUGACGUUUGUCAACUUCACUGUCACAUCCUCAAGUCUUGCUAGCCAAUGUCUCAAUCAAGUUCUCCGAAGUGAACGACCAGACGUUGAUAAGAAGCGUAGCGAUUUGUUGAAGCUGCAGGGAGAAUUUGCUGUGCGCCUCCGCCAACUCGAAAAAGCGCUGUUAGCAGCAUUGAACGAAAGCAAGGGUAAAAUUUUGGACGACAACUCCGUUAUUGGCACUCUCGAAAAAUUAAAGAACGAAGCGUCAGAAGUGGCAAAGAAGGCAGCUGAGACUGAUAAAGUCAUGGCUGAGGUGGAAGCGGUUUCUGCUCAGUAUCAACGACUGGCUCAUGCCUGUGCCCAGAUUUUCCAUACUUUGCAGCAGCUCAACGAGGUGCACUUCUUGUACCAUUACUCGUUGGACUUCCUUUUGGACAUCUUCACUUGUGUGCUGAAAUCUCCCGAAUUGGUUCAAACUCAAGAUCAUAUGCAGCGGCUCAAUAUUAUCACGUCGAAUUUGUUCCAAACAGUUUAUCGUCGUGUGUCACGCGGUAUGUUGCAUGCGGACAAGGUACUGUUGGCCUUGCUGCUCAUGCGAAUUUCUCUACGAUCUGUGGGUGGCGAACCAUCGUACGAUGCACAAUGGGAUCUUUUGCUCGGACGCAGUGAACUCUUUGCAUCAAAGACGGCUCAUCAAUCACCACCAACAGCUCUACCAUAUCUCACUCCUCAGCAUAUGGGUGCUCUGAAUAAAGCACAGAAACUACCAGGUUUUGAAAAUAUCCUGGAUAUCAUGUGCGCUCAAGCCGCGCAGAUUAAGCAGUGGAUGGCUUUGGAUAAUCCGGAAGCGGCAGUUCCUACGCUUUGGGAGGAUUCAGAGCAGAAAUUGACAAGUAUUGGUGUUGCGAUGAAUCAGCUGAUUGUGGUGCACUGCCUACGACCCGAUCGUCUGAUGGCCAGUGCUCAUCGUCUAGUAUCAGCAGCAUUCGGUGAAAGCUUUAUGCAACAGGAUAAGGUUAUCGAUCUCCAUGAUAUUAUUGAUAAUGAGGUGUCCUCUUCUGAUCCUGUCCUGCUAUGCUCAGCCACAGGUUAUGACGCCUCUGGUAAGAUUGAAGAUCUCGGAAUACAAACGGGUCGACAGGUCACUUCGAUUGCAAUCGGUUCCUCAGAAGGUUUCAGCCAGGCUGAUGCGGCUCUCACAGCUGCGUCAAAGUCUGGCCGAUGGGUGCUCCUCAAAAAUGUUCACUUGGCACCUCAAUGGCUUGGUAAUAUGGAGAAACGGCUGCAUACCCUCAAGCCACAUGCGAACUUCCGUCUGUUCCUCACCGCCGAAAUUCAUCCGAAACUGCCCACAUCUGUACUCAGGGCUUCUCGUUUGGUAGUCUUCGAACCAGCCACUGGACUGAAGGCCAAUCUGUUACGGUCAUUGGCUACCCUUCCUGCUACUCGCCUUGCUAAAGCUCCUGCUGAACGUAGUCGGCUAUACUUGCUCAUCUGCUGGCUCCAUGCUCUGGUUCAGGAAAGACUGAGGUAUACACCUCUGGGUUGGGCAAAUGCGUACGAGUUCUCCGAUGCAGAUCUACGUGUUGCAUGUGAUACUCUCGAUGCAGCCGUUGAUGUUGUGGCCCAAGGUCGUGCCAACGUAGCUCCGGAGAAGCUCCCAUGGACAACAUUAAGAACGCUGCUCAGUCAGUGCAUCUACGGAGGAAAGAUUGACAACCACUUCGACCAGGUUCUACUCGACUGUAUCUUGGAGAGGUUGUUUACGGCAAAGAGUUUCGAGCCAGAACAUGUACUUGUUAGUAAAUUCGAUGGCGACACCCCACUGACCACUCCUGAUGCGACACAACGUGACCAGCUUUUGGCUUGGGUUGAAGGAAUCAAGAGUCAGCAGCUUCCUGCCUGGCUAGGAUUGCCAAAUAAUGCUGAGAAAGUGCUGCUCACAUUGAGAGGCGAAUCGAUGUUGAGAAACCUCCUGAAGGUGUCUGAUGAUGAGCUGGCGUUCGUUGGUGACGGCGAGAAAGAAGUGAAGCCACAAUGGAUGGCCCAGUUAGGAGAACUAGCCCAGCAAUGGCUGAAACUUUUACCCAAGGAUAUCGUACGAAUGAAACGUACCGUGGAGAAUAUCAAAGAUCCACUAUUCCGUUUCUUCGAGCGAGAAAUCAAUUUGGGAGCUCAGUUGCUACGCGAUAUCCGACACGAUCUCGAAGAAAUUCUCUCCGUAUGCCGCGGUGAGCGUAAACAGAGCAAUGAAACGCGAGCCCUUGCGUCAGCCCUACAGAAAGGAGUUGUUCCCACAAACUGGCAACGUUACACUGUUCCUAAGGAUGUAACUGUUAUGGAUUGGGUUGUCGACUUCAACGAGCGGGUCAAACAGCUCAUACGGGUCGGUACCAGUGAUAAUCUGAAGCGCGAAGAAGUGUGGCUGGGUGGUACGUUCUCGCCAGAGGCCUAUGUGACAGCUACGAGACAGCAAGUUGCUCAAAUGAAUACGUGGUCGCUUGAACAGCUUCAUCUACAUGUGGUUAUUGGAAGGACCGAUCGUUUGGAUGUUGUUCGUCUAACGGGCAUGGAACUUCGUGGAGCAGAAACUACCGGAGGAAAUGCACUACGUCUUUCUGAUGAGGUGAAGACGGCAUGUGACUGUGUCGAAUUCUCAUGGAAACAGGAACCUGCUAACGGUGUCCGUCUACCGCUGUACCUGUACGGUGAUCGUCGUCAAUUGGUGACUGCUCUAGCGUUUGCCGUCUCACCGGCUACGGCGUUCUACGAGCGAGGAGUAGCCCUCGUUGCCAACGCGGCCCUUAGUUAA